AUGUCCAAAGCCUGUCUUGCAGAUUUUGUGCUCGGGCUCAAAGGCCUGUGCAUCUUUUCAUUCUUUUCUGAAGCUGCACCUUUCUUCUGUCCUUGGCAGCAACCUCUGUAUUGUUUCCAACUAUUGGAUCCUACUUCGAUGUCGCUGUUGUUUGCUCUAAGCUUUGUACAUGCAUUACCGCAUGUCCAUCCGUCUCAUGUCCUCUUGUCUUCGAGACAGGCAGACGGCGUGGUUGACACCUCAACCUUCCUGAGAAGGGCAUACCACUCUUCUGUUGUGCUGAACAGGCGAGUCUACAUCGACGGCGGAGAGGUGUCCUACAAAAAGGGCGAGGAUAUUACGUACCAGUACUGUAUGGAUUGUCAUUCUGAGCUCAUCGGCAGUCGGCGCCUGACGCAUUCACAGCAAACACAUUGUUGUCGAUAG